CUGGAGUUUGUGAAGACCAAACCAGUGAGAAAUGGACAGUGAAUAUUGGACUUACUUUUGCUGGUGGCAAAAAAACAGGAUUCCAGUUUCCUGGUACAGGGUGGGUGGUUAAAGGUGUGUGCGUAUGGACACUGCAUAUAUAAGCCAUUUGGUGGACUGUUUGUGGAGUUCCUCCUGGUUUCACAGCAAGAGCAUCAGGCAGCAUGACCUCGCAGCGAUGGAUGCUGGCAUUCUGCUUUUCACUGGCCUCAGUUUUAAGCCCAGGGGAAUCGGUCACAACAACAGAAACUCAGAAAUACACUUGCAGGACAUUUGGCAGCGGGGUCGUCCAGCCUUUCAGCGGUUCAAGUUUCUAUGUUCGCUCCAACUGCCCAUUCACCCUAACCCGUUUCACCCACAACCGGGUGGAAUGUGAUAUCACCACACGGCGUGGUGACAACGGGCUGCUGGUCCAUGUUGAGAUCAUAAUCAACAAAGUCAGGACUGUUGUGCAGAAUGGGAGCAUCCUGGUGGAGAAGAAAAGUGUUUCCCUUCCAUACGACCACACCUACCAGCACAUCUUUCACUACGGCAUCUACACUAAACUGAAGAGCUUGCUGCUCCCUCUGUCUGUCACCUGGCACAAUGUACCGGGAGGAAUAGACUCUUUGCGGGUGGAGCUAGAGCAGGAGCUGAGCACCGACAUGACUGGACUGUGUGGAAACAACGUCCCAGGUAUGACGCAGUUGGUUAAGGAGAGUGUACUUCCUGAGGACACAUGUCAAACCCGAGAUCCUGUGUCCACUUUUGUUUCCAACACCUUGGAAUGUCUGCAAGGCAUGGCACCUCAAUAUAAUAUCCCACUCUGUGAAGAGAACAUUUACAGCUAUGAAAUGAGCAAAUACAUCGGCUGUGCUUUCUUCAGUGAAGUUGUCCAACAGUGUGGAAACAACAGCUAUAUCUGGAAUAUAUGGAGAAGUUUAACCAAAUGUGCGGAACCAAGUUGUUCAGGAGACCUGGUUUAUGUGGAACAGGGCGCGGCCUUUGUUCCCAGCUGCUCAAAUCCAAACCCUGGAUUCUCCAACCAAGAACUCACCAGCUCCUGUGUCUGCCCAGAGGGCAAGGUGCUUAAUGAUCACGCAGAUGGCUUCAGCUGUGUGAGUGUGUCCAGCUGCCCCUGUGUCUUUGCUGGUAGGAGAUACUCACCCGGAGACGUGCGCACAUCCAAGUGUCAGUCAUGUAUGUGUGACAGUGGGAAAUGGCAAUGCUCUGAAAACAACUGCCCCACCAGAUGUCUCAUUGAAGGGCAGUUUGUGAGAACAUUUGAUGGCAAACAAUAUGCCCUCCCCGGUAAAUGUACAUAUGUGGCUUCACAGGGUCUCAACUGGACGAUAACAAUCAAGUUUUCUGAUAAGGCACCUUCUCUGAAAACAGUCACUCUUCUGCUUUCUCAGGACAUGUAUAUGUUUUCAGACAACAUGGUUACAUUCAGAGAGGAGGAGAUCACUGAACUUCAUCACUCUGAUCACGCUCUGGUUUUCUGGCAGUCCUCCAUGUAUGUCCAGGUCCACACAUCCUUUGGUAUGAAGAUCCAAGUCCAGAUGUCUCCUGAAAUCCAGCUGUACAUUACCCCACCCAGAAACCACACAGAGGCGAUCUCAGGUCUUUGUGGAAACGACAACAGUGACACCACAGACGACUUCACCACCAGCAGCAGGAUCAUCGAGAACUCGGCUCAACCUUUUGCUCAGUCCUGGAGUGUGGGUGACUGUUCGGUGAACAUACCCACCACCUGCAUCAACAAAGACAAUGAAAUAUUUGCUGAUGAAAAGUGCUCUGUGUUGAACAACCCAACUGGAGUAUUUGCUCCAUGUCAUGGUUAUAUCCCAAUUGAUCACUACCACACGGCUUGCAUCCAAAGAACAUGUAACUGUGGCAGCAGUCUGCCGCAGUGCUUGUGUGUUGCCCUGGGCAGCUAUGCCAAAGCCUGUGCCAAUCUGGGUGUUGUAAUUGGUGACUGGAGGAGAGCCACCAACUGCACAUUGAAAUGUGAGAAGAACCAAGUAUUCUCCUACAACAUGCAAGCCUGCAACCACACAUGCCGUUCCCUGUCUGGCCCUGACCCUCGCUGUGGGCUGGAAGACGCUUCUGUGGAGGGCUGUGGCUGUCCAGCGGGAUCUCACCUGAACCAAGGAGACACCUGUUCCCCAAAGGCAGAGUGCGACUGUCACUACUACCGCGGUACAACGCCCCCAGGUCCUGUUGUUAUCGACAGUCGACAGUGUGUCUGUGAGAAUGGAGAACUGAAAUGUUCUCAGGAUUGUGGGUGCAGAAAUGGGAAGGUUUGUGUUCAUUGCUCCAAGAAUGUUAACACAGCUCAGAAAACCUGUGACAGUCUCAGCAAACCAAUGGGUGCCACAAUGAACUGUGAGAGUGGCUGUUACUGCCCAAAUGACCAGUACGAAGAUCACCGUGGAAACUGUGUUUAUCUGCACAACUGCACCUGUGUGUACAGUGGCAGAGUAUUCAGUGCAGGACAGCAUGUCAAAACCAACUGUAAAACAUGUGUCUGUGGUCAGGGUCAGUGGGACUGCAAAGACGAGCCAUGUCCUGGGAAGUGUCAAGUUUACGGAAAUGGACACUACCAGACCUUUGACUCCAAAUGGUACCGCUAUGAUGGACAAUGUCAGUACACACUUGUAGAGGAUGACUGUGGAACUAGAAACGGCACCUUCUCUGUCAGAGUGGAGAGUGUCCCCUGCUGUGAUGAGGCGCUUACCUGCUCUCGCUCUAUCGUCCUCAACCUGCAGGGCGAGGUCACCCUGACACUGAGUGACAUGAAGGUGACUAGACGCCAUCAUGAAGGCUGGACUCUGCAGGACCAUUCACUUUACUCCACACACACUGUGGGACUCUACAUCAUAAUCUCAGUGCCAAGCAGAGGGAUAACUCUCAUCUGGGACAAACACACCCGGAUCACCAUAGAGCUGCAUGAAAACUGGAGGAACAGAGUGUGCGGCCUCUGUGGGAAUUUUGACUUCAACGAGAUGAAUGACCUACAGAUAAGUGGCUCAGCAGUGGUGUCCAGUCCCCUGGCAUUUGGCAACAGCUGGAAAGCCGCCACACCCCCUUGCUCUGAUGUGACCAAAGAGAUAUUUCCAUGUGAACGCAACUCUUACUGCUUAGCCUGGGCCCAGCGGCGCUGUAUGAUCAUUACAGGAGACACAUUCAAAGAUUGCCACUUAAAAGUGGAGCCAGAUCCCUACUACCAAGCCUGUGUGCAGGAGUCCUGCUCCUGUGAGUUUGAAGGAAAGUUUCUGGGCUUCUGCACAGCUGUGGCAGCCUACGCAGAGGCCUGCAGCGACCACAAUGUGUGUGUAAAAUGGAGGACACCUGAUUUGUGCCCUGUCUACUGUGACUUCUACAACGAGCAAGGCCAGUGUAGCUGGCACUAUGAAGCCUGUGGUGAGAUGCUAACCUGCGGCAACUACAUCAAUCACAAGUUGGAAGGUUGCUACCCCAGAUGUUCAAGGGAAGUGCCAUACUAUGAUGAAAAUACUGGUGAAUGCACUAAAUUGAGGAACUGCACCUGUUAUUUUAAUGACACUGUCAUUCAGCCCAGGGCAGCAGUGAUGAUACACUCUAUAAAGUGCCGCUGUGAAAAUGGAACAAUAAACUGUCCACCUCCACCCACCAUUACACCUCCACCCACCACUACACCUGCCACCCCUUCUACGUCCACCACUCCCACCACAACUGCUUCAACUAGCACUGAAACAGCCGUGUCUUCCACCAUCACUACACCAACAACUACAGCUGAAACACGGUUAACAACGCCCCCCACCACCUCUACACCAAUGACGGCCAUUACCAAUGUCUCAACUACUAAUGAAAAAUGGUCAACUGUGCUUUCCACCUCCUCUGUACCAGCAACUACAGCUGCUUCAACUACCACUGAACCAACCAUGUUUUCCACCAUCACUACACCAACAACUACAGCUGAAACACGGUUAACAACGCCCCCCACCACCUCUACACCAAUGACAACGAUCACCAAUGUCUCAACUACUACUGAAAAAUGGUCAACUGGGCUUUCCUACACCUCUGUACCAGCAACUACAACUGCUUCAACUACCACUGAAACGACCGUGUUUUCCACCAUCACUAAACCAACUACAGCUGAAACACGGUUAACAACAACCCCCACCACCGCUACACCAAUGACAGCCAUUACCAAUGUCUCAACUACUAAUGAAAAAUGGUCAACUGUGCUUUCCACCUCCUCUGUACCAGCAACUACAGCUGCUUCAACUACCACUGAACCAACCAUGUUUUCCACCAUCACUAAACCAACUACAGCUGAAACACGGUUAACAACGACCCCCACCACCUCUAUACCAAUGACGGCCAUUACCAAUGUCUCAACUACUAAUGAAAAAUGGUCAACUGUGCUUUCCACCUCCUCUGUACCAGCAACUACAGCUGCUUCAACUACCACUGAACCAACCAUGUUUUCCACCAUCACUACACCAACAACUACAGCUGAAACACGGUUAACAACGCCCCCCACCACCUCUACACCAAUGACAACAAUCACCAAUGUCUCAACUACUACUGAAAAAUGGUCAACUGGGCUUUCCUACACCUCUGUACCAGCAACUACAACUGCUUCAACUACCACUGAAACGACCGUGUUUUCCACCAUCACUAAACCAACUACAGCUGAAACACGGUUAACAACGACCCCCACCACCGCUACACCAAUGACAGCCAUUACCAAUGUCUCAACUACUAAUGAAAAAUGGUCAACUGUGCUUUCCACCUCCUCUGUACCAGCAACUACAGCUGCUUCAACUACCACUGAACCAACCAUGUUUUCCACCAUCACUAAACCAACUACAGCUGAAACACGGUUAACAACGACCCCCACCACCUCUAUACCAAUGACGGCCAUUACCAAUGUCUCAACUACUAAUGAAAAAUGGUCAACUGUGCUUUCCACCUCCUCUGUACCAGCAACUAAAGCUGCUUCAACUACCACUGAACCAACCAUGUUUUCCACCAUCACUACACCAACAACUACAGCUGAAACACGGUUAACAACGCCCCCCACCACCUCUACACCAAUGACAACGAUCACCAAUGUCUCAACUACUACUGAAAAAUGGUCAACUGGGCUUUCCACCACCUCUGUACCAGCAACUACAACUGCUUCAACUACCACUGAAACGACCGUGUUUUCCACCAUCACUAAACCAACUACAGCUGAAACACGGUUAACAACGACCCCCACCACCUCUACACCAAUGACGGCCAUUACCAAUGUCUCAACUAGUAAUGAAAAAUGGUCAACUGUGCUUUCCAUCUCCCCUGUACCAGCAACUACAGCUGCUUCAACUACCACUGAACCAACCAUGUUUUCCACCAUCACUACACCAACAACUACAGCUGAAACACGGUUAACAACGCCCCCCACCACCUCUAUACCAAUGACAACGAUCACCAAUGUCUCAACUACUACUGAAAAAUGGUCAACUGGGCUUUCCACCACCUCUGUACCAGCAACUACAACUGCUUCAACUACCACUGAAACAACCGUGUUUUCCACCAUCACUAAACCAACUACAGCUGAAACACGGUUAACAACGACCCCCACCACCUCUACACCAAUGACGGCCAUUACCAAUGUCUCAACUACUAAUGAAAAAUGGUCAACUGUGCUUUCCACCUCCUUUGUACCAGCAACCACAGCUGCUUCAACUACCACUGAACCAACCAUGUUUUCCACCAUCACUACACCAACAACUACAGCUGAAACACGGUUAACAACGCCCCCCACCACCUCUACACCAAUGACAACGAUCACCAAUGUCUCAACUACUACUGAAAAAUGGUCAACUGGGCUUUCCACCACUUCUAAACCAACAACUACCUCAACUACCACUGUACCCUCAGUAGCCCCUACAGAAGUGACAAACACAGCAGGAACCACUACUAGCUCGAGCACCACAUCAUCUACGACUAGAAUGAGCACCACUACUUCAAUGACAACUGCUGCCUCAACAGAAUCACAGCCCACAGAGAUAGUUAUACCAACGGAUACCAGCAUAUUUCAACCAACAACAAAACAGCCAACAGCAACAACACUUCAAUCAACAACCACCUUUGAAACCAAUGCUACAUCUGCUGAAACCUCAGGUCCGACUGAAGUAACUGAAACACUGACCUCUCCCGCUACCUUCCCAGAAACAGCACAGUCUCAUUCAGUGACAUCUACAUAUACCGUGGGUCCACCAACAACAUAUACCACAGAGAUUUCAACAAUGGAAGAAUUUACAAAUGGUACUACUACCACUGAACUGACAACCUCUGAAGAAUCAGGCACAACAGUGACGGCAGAAAAAACAUUGCACACUUCCACUCCACCAGUGUGUAAGUGUACAGACCUGAAGAGGAGAGAACAGUGGAAUUGCGGUGAGACGUGGACAGAGGACUGCUUUCAUAAAAACUGUACAGAUGGGAAGAUAGAGUUGACUUCGGUGGUUUGUCCAGAGUCUACAAUUCCAAAUUGCCCCAGAAACCAAGUCACAAGGGUCUCAGAUGGAUGCUGUGAAACAUGGAAGUGUGACUGUCGCUGUGAGCUAUAUGGAGAUCCCCACUACAUCUCUUUCCAAGGUGUAAACUAUGAUUUCCUGGACGAUUGCACCUACAUCCUGGUGGAGGAGCAGUCCCCACGUCAUAAUCUGACCAUUGCUGUGGACAACUUCUACUGUGUGCAGGGACUCCAAGGCUCCUGUGCUAAAGGCAUCAUCCUGAAAUAUCAGAACAACAUAGCUACACUCAGUAUCCUUCCCGAUAUGUUUGAAGUACAGGCCACUCUGAACAACGUAACCAUUGAGCCGCCAUAUGAGGAGCAUGGGUUGAGGUUUGAGACCACGAGGUACAUAGUGUCAAUCUACAUCCCAGAGGUCCGCUCUUAUAUCUCACUCAGUCCGUUUUAUACCCUGGUGGUCAGUCUGGCUAUGGAGCACUUCCUCAACAACACCCAGGGACAAUGUGGUGUAUGUGGUGGUGGAUCAUGCAUCCGUAAAGGAGGGCAGAUCGAGAAAGACAGCUGCUGUGAUAAGACGGCCUCUGACUGGGUGUACGCUGACCCGCUGAAGCCAGCCUGUGCUUCUGCACCAAGGGACAUACCUUGUACCUAUGUACCCCCUACCCCAUCCCCUCCAACCCCCUGCCCUGCGAGCAGACUAUGCGAUCUGCUACACCACCCAGUCUUUUCAAAUUGCAGCUUGUACAUGAAUCUGACCUCUAAAAAGAAGAACUGUGAGUUUGAUUCAUGCAGAAAUGGUCCUUGCUCUUCACUAGAACAAGCUGUUGAUGAAUGCAAGAAGGCUGGUUUCUGUAUUGACUGGAGACGACUGACUGAUGGAGGCUGUGAUGUGACAUGUCCAAAAGGAUUGGCUUACAGAGAAUGUCAUAACAAGCUGGAUGACUUCUGCGAUGGAGGGAAACAAUAUCCAGGAGCCUCCCUCGAGAAAAACGAGGCAGGCUGUUUUUGUCCCAGCGGCCUCUUCAGGGCAGGAAAUCACUCUGACAUCUGUGUGUCUGACUGUGCCUAUUGUAAAGGACCACUCGGUGAGCCCAAACUGCCUGGUGAGGUAUGGCAGUCCGGCUGUAAUAUGUGUACAUGCAACAACCAGACUCGCACAGAGAAGUGUGUUCCAAAACCUCCUGAGCCAGCUUCCCUCUGUGACCCCAAUGCUGUGCUGGUAAACACCUCUUGCUGUGGUGAUCAGAUUUGUGUUGAGAAGACGUGCAGUUAUCAAGGAAAAACAUACAAGGUUGGAGACAGAUGGACGGAUGCUGCCCAUCCCUGCAUGUCAUAUAACUGCAGCAUAGAGGGUAUUCAGACUGAGACUAGAGUCUGUCCCACAGUAGAGUGUCAGGAGGAGGACAGAAUUUGGGAUGAUCAACACUGCUGCUUUACAUGUAACCAGAGGUGUGCUCCGAAGGUGACCAGUAUCAGUGUUACCGUAGACAACUGUACCACCGUCAUGCAGAUACCUGUGUGUCAGGGCCAAUGUGUGUCUCAGCCCAGUGUCGUGUUACACGAUGAGCUGCAGGUGGAGCAGAAGUGCGUAUGCUGUCAGGAGUCGAGCUCAGAGAAGAGACCAGCGACUCUGCAGUGCUCUGACCGCAAGAUCAGACCCUACACCUACAAGCACAUCACCAGCUGUCCUUUGGCGGUGUGUUUUUCUAAUUCCUUUCCGUUGAGCAAACGGCAGCAUCGUGAGUGUAGAGUCUAUAAAAACACAGCUUGCUGCUCCAACUUCAAGGUAACCUGUUGGUAGUAGCCUUUGUGAGCUACUUUGGUGCUAACCUCCAUCGUCCCAGGAUGAUUGGAAUUGGCUGUGUGAUCAUGGCGGUUUCCUCAUAGGCCUGCCUCACUUCUUCCAGGGACUAAUGACAUUCUUGGGGUUGAUUACUGGACUCUACUUCCUCUCUAACAUGCUCUGGGGAGGCGUCUACCACACAGUUGUCAAGAGACAGAAGUUAACACUGAGGAAUCAGGCUAAAGAAAAUGGACAAGAGGGUAACGCGAUGGAAAAUGGACACGCCAACAUCAGCACUGGCAAAAACAAAGAAGACGGGGACGACGAGAGCACUAUUUAAGGUGUUUGAGGAAGGCAAGACCUUGACCCUCAGUCGGAGCUCCAGCGGGACACGGAGAGCCCCACACCCGGUUGCAGCGGCCCAUCCCCCAGCCAUGACCAGAGCUUGCAUUGCUGAUGUUGUGCCCACAUUUUGCAUCCCUGCCAAGAAUUGCACCCGCUUGGGCAGCAACAAUAAUUUCUGCAGAAUGAGUGUUCCUUAACACUCAUAUAUGCUGAGAAUUACAUCCACCUCGUGGGCAGCAACAUUAAUUUCUGCCAAAUAAUGCAUCUCUUAACCCUCAUUGCUACUGAAAAUUGCAUCCAGGUAGCAAGGAAAUGAUACAGUCUGAUAAAACACUGAUGUCUCUAAACGUUCUAAAAUUAUAAUCAUCAUUGAUGAACAUGACAAAUAAAUGUAUAUAGCCUAGCUUUUAAACAGUAGCUACUUUGCCUUAUAAAAUCAUUAUUUUCCCUUGUGGAUGCAAGUCUCGGCAGGGAUGUGGAACUUGGCACGUGUUACCCUUCUGAUGACGGUCCAUCUGUGGCUGCAGGACCUGGAGCUCACCGCCAGUGUUUCAGUUUGACUGUUAAAAAGUGUUUAGAUAACUAAAAUUUAUUUAGAAG